AUGACGAGAAAAGAUGAAGAAACCGAGUCCUCAGGUGACCAGGCCAGCCGUGUGAGACACAUGUGGCUGCUCUCAAUGAGGGAUGUGAAAAUGAGAGAGAAAGCAGCCAUAGGGGAGUCUAAUCCAACAGCCAUAGGGGAGUCUAAUCCAGCUCGACAUCAGCUCCUGUAUUGCCGUGUUGGGAUUGGCUUCCACCUUCAGAUUGUGAUGAACGGCAGUGUUUGGGGCGUUCACGAGCCUUCUGAGUACAGCUUGCUGAGAGUGUUUGCUGUCAGGCCAGGCAUAGUGGGUAUCUGUGGUGUGAAGAGCGAGCGAUAUUUGUGCAUGAAUCAGGAGGGAAUCGCACAGGGAAUGAAGAAGUUCUCAAAUGAAUGCCUGUUUAAAGAGCACAUGGAGGAGAAUCAUUACAACACAUACUCCUCCGUCGGCACAGGAUUCUUCCUGGCUUUGUCACAGCAAGGCCAGCUGAGGAAAGGUAAAAAAGUGGGCCGGCACCAGGCAUGCACUCACUUUUUGCCUCGCAAACCCUUAUCUCAUUAAAGUUUUUAUUCUGAACAGUGACAAAGUGACUUGACACACAGCCAAGUAUGGUGACCCAUAUUCAGAAUUCAUGCUCUGCAUUUAACCCAUACAAAGUAUACA